AUGCACCACAAAAAAGAGUAAGUUGGAGAGUUUUAUAAGGUCUUGGCCUUAUCCAAAGAGGUUGAUGGAGUAGUCCUCCCUAUCCUCAUUUACAUAUUAAAAAAUGAGAGAAUUUAAGACUGCUUAGAAUUUCUCUCAUAGGAUCAAAAUAAAUUCCUUCUAGAAAUAGAAAGGUAAAAGGUAGAAAAUUUAUCUCUGCUUGAUAAAGAACAGACUCUCAAUGGAGAGAAGAACAUUAAGAGAAUAACGGAUGUUCUCAAAAAAAUUAGGGAUCAUGAAUUUAAUAAACAGAAUUACUCGACAGAUGAUUAUGAAGAAAUUAAAAAGGAUCUUAUCUUUAAAAUAUAAUUGGAUAAGUAGAUUUUAGAAUUCCUAAAAUUUUUAGUUCAUCUUACUUCUUUAGAUGAGAGAUAUAUUUAGUGUGGAUCAAAUUCUCUUAAUUUACUAGUUUGUAUGAAGGUUGAUUUAAGGGAAUAAGCUUUUGAGAAUAUCAGGAUUAGAGACACCUCUUUAGUUGGUGGAAAUUUUGUAAGAUGCAAUUUAAAUGGAUCAGAAUUUGACAAUGUAGAUAUUAGUGGAAUGAACUUGAGUUAAUCGUUUUUGUUUAAUUGUAAAUGGAAAAACAUCAAAAUUCACGAGUUAAACAAACUAGAUGGUCAUUGUGGAAGAGUUAAUUAGGUAUGCUUUUCUCCAGAUAGUAAGUCAUUAGCUUCUUGUAGUGAUGAUAAAUCGAUUAUAUUGUGGGAUGUUAAAAUUGGGUAAGUUAAGUUUAUAAUCAAGGAAAAGGAAGAAGUUAAAUCAGUAUGCUUUUCACAUUCUAACAGUACUUUAGCUUUCAGCAGCGGAAAAUUUGUGUAUUUAUGGAGCCUUAAAACGGGAAAAUAAAAAGCAAAAUUAGAUGGUCAUUCAGGUGAUGUUAAUUCAAUUUGUUACUCUCCUGAUGGUACUACAUUAGCAUCUGGUAGUGAUGAUAACUCUAUCCAUUUAUGGGAUGUUAAGACAGGAUAAUAAAAAGCCAANAUUUUGUUAAGAUAAUUUUUUAUUUUUGCAUCAAAAUAUUUAGAGGAUCAAUAUUUGAAUACCUGGAUAAAUGGGUAGUUCAAUAUAUUUGGUAAAAUACUUUAAUUAAAAGUGGAAAUCUUUGAAAAUAUUUAAUUGAUGUUAAGAAAAAAUUAUAAUAUGAUAAUAUUCAAAGCCUAUUUCAUCCCCUAUUUUAUUUCCUAUUUAUUUUAUUUUUCAUCUCCUCUUUAAUCCCCUAUUUAUCUCAUAUUUUCCCCUAUGGAAUGCGUUUACUCAUAGUAAAUCUGUUUCGCAAAAAUCCCCUAUUUCAUAGCCAUUACCAAUUUCAUCGCCUAUCCCAGUAGGGGUUUGGCAAACUUGUAUUUUUCCAUCAGCCCAACCACAUUACUGGCUUCAUAGAGAGACAGUUAUAUGCCAGUCUUGACCAACCCUCAUAUUACCAUUCUAAAUAUCUUCUAGACUCCAAAUUUGGAAGCUUAAGGAGCUUUAAUAUUGAAAGAAGAGUUUUUUGAUAUAAUGGAUAUGAUUACGAUCAUUAUUUAUAUCUCAAUUUAAUUUAGAGAAUGA